GUCGGGUCCCGGUUAAGACCUUCACUCGUCAGGUACACCGCAACUGGUCCAAGCAGGACCGCAAGCACCGGGCGUGGCAGCUUCGCCGGCAACACCAGGAGGCUGUGUUGGAAGAAAAGCGGCAUUUGGGGCGCAAGGAUGGGCCACCACACCUGAUGGUCCUGGUGCCGCUCCACGCCAACGUUGACCCCCAGGCGGCCUUGAACCUUUUCCGGAGUCACCAGGAUUCGGUUGUGUUUCCAGCAAAGGGGGGGCCUCCUGGUUUUGCCCUGUUGUGCCCACGGUCCAAGCUGCGCUGGCGUUUUGUGGUGGCUGAUGCAGGAAGCCUUCAUGCAGUGCUGGAUCUUGCCAAAGUAGCUGAUACUCUCCUUUUCCUGCUGGAUGCUGCAGAUGGCUGGGAUGCUGUUGGCGAUCACUGCCUCUCCUGCAUCUUUGCACAGGGUCUCCCCAGCUAUGGCCUUGCGGUUCAGGGUCUGGCUGAGCAGCCGCCAAAGAAGCAAACCGACUGCCGGAAGAAGCUGAGCAAGGGGACCGAGAAGCGGUUCCCUGGGGCCAGGCUUUUCCCUCUCCACACAGAGCAGGAAACUGCGCUCCUGCUGCAGCACCUGGCUGGCCAGAAACAGCAGCACUUGGCCUUCCGAGACCGGCGGGCUCACCUGCUGGCUGAUGCGGCCGAAUUUGUGCCCAGCUCCGAAAGUGCCGCGGUGGGGACCUUAAAGGUGUCUGGCUACGUGAGGGGACGAAGCUUGAACGUGAACUCCCUGGCGCACCUUGUUGGGCACGGAGACUUCCAGAUGAGUCGGAUGGAUGCUCCCCCGGACCCGUUUGCCCUGAACCCCAAGGGCCCCGGAGGACAGCUGGGCGACCUUAGCAGCAGCGCUGCCGAGAUGGAGGAAGAGGUGAAGGUGCUGAGCACGGCUGACCCCGCCAAGCAGGAGUCUCUCCAGGCGGAAGAGGUUCCGGAUCCAAUGGAAGGAGAGCAGACCUGGCCCUCGGAGGAGGAGCUGAAGGAGGCCAAGGGUCAGUCCGAGAGGGCUUGCCUUGGCUCGGGUGCCCUGAGCUGGAGGGCUCCUAACUUGGCAACCGUAAGACUUGUGGGCUUCCCUUCCGAGAAUUCCCCAGCCAGCCAAGCCCACAAGUUUGGAAGUGGCCGAGUUUGGAGACCCCGGUCCGUGGCCGGCUUAUGAAUUCUGGGAGUUGAAGUCCACACAA